AUAGCGAAAACAACAAAAAUAGCGAAAACAACAAAAAUAGCACUUAUGACUUCGAACCAAAUGUAAAAAACGGUGCUUCAAUUUUAAGCAGUCCAGAAGAAAUAAAAACUUACAUAAAAAAUAUAUUCACAAAAAGUAAAUAUUGCGAUGUGAAAUUUUAUUUUUAUACAUGUGUUUAUAUUGUGUAUAUAAUUGGAAAAAUAAUGAAACAAGUUGAUCACUAUAGUAGCAAUAAAAACAAAAAAACUAACGAUAAAACUUACACAUAUGAUCAUCUACUAUUUAUAUCUUAUGACCUUUCUUAUUUACUUUAUAAUGAUUAUAUAUUACAAGAAAAUAAAACUAAAAAAAAUAAUAUUCUUAUAAAAGAUUUACAAAUACGUCAAAAUAGUGCCAUGUCUUCUUUUAUAUAUUUACCGUCAUUCCAAAAUAUAAAAGAAAUGGAGCUAACAAAAUUAUAUAAUUUUGAAAAAGAAAUAGUGUCAAAUUGUUACUCAAACAAGUUGUCCAUUAUUAAUUAUGUUAAUAAAAUUAAUGGAAAAAAAAAUAAACAUUUUAACAAAUUAUCAACGGAGUACCAAAGUGAUAUAUCCGUUUUAGUUCUUUACUUAAAAAUGUUAUGUAAAAAAAUAGCGUAUUAUGUCUUUACCUGCAUUUACGAGAAACACGAGGCGUUAAUCAGAAAACGAAUUAACAUCAUGCAAAAUAAUUUUCAAACGAAAUUUGAAAAAUUAAAUGACGAAUUACAACUAUCAGAUAAAUCAUAUGAUAUUGUUACAAAAAGAAAAAUAGAACUAAAAAUAUUUUUUACUUUUUAUGUUGUUGGUAUUAAACAUUUGUUAGCUAAUCACUUAUAUUCCUUUUAUGAAAAUACAUAUAACAACUUAAUUUUUUUCCUUUACCUUUUGAAUUUACUACCUGCGGAUUCCACUUUACAACAACACCCUUCACAGCAACAGGGUACUUUAAAUGAAAAUAAUAAUCUUACAAGCGAGCGAAAAAUUUGUUACUUAAAAAUUGACUACCGUGAUAUGUCCUCCGAAUAUGACCUCAAUGACAUUAUAAAAAAAAUAAGAAACACGUACAGUGUCGAUGACGACAAAAAGGAUCUUGAUAUAAAAGAAGACAAUAUGAAUAAUAUGAAAAAAGGCGUGCUUUAUAUGGCUUAUUAUGAAGAUAAUACCUUUUUUGUUAAUAAAUUAGAAAAAAAAAUAAGUAAAUAUAUGUCAAAGUUGUAUACUUAUAUGGAAAAACUUUUGGACGUGAAAAAAAAAGAAACAAUCAAACUAAUUUCAAAUGAUAUGAAAUUACAUAGAAAGUAUUAUGAAUGUAAAAACGAAUGAAUGACAAAAAGAGGAUAAGCUGUGAUCUAUGCAUUAAAAAAAAAAAAAAAAUAAAAAAAAAAAAAAAAAAAUAGUACGUAUAUAG